GCAAAAGCUGACAGCUUUCAGGUGACGACAGUGUCUGUGUUUAACAGUUUUACUAACUUCAUCAUGGCUGAGUCUUUGCUUCGAUGGACUGUUGAUAAGUUAAAGCAUAGUUUUGGAUUGGAGGCAAGCGACGACAUUGUACGGUACAUCCUAUCUAUUGACAAUGCUGAUGAAAUUGUGGAGUAUGUUGGAGAUCUCUUACAAGGAACAGAGGGAAACCAGAAGGAUUUUGUGGAUGAGCUGGUGCAGAGAUGGCAGAGGUGUCAGAUGCACGCGCCUGAUGGUCAAGAGGGCGUCUUUAAGAAAGAGGCAAUCUUGGAGGGUCUAGAUACAGCAACCAAAGACACUCAGAAGAAGUCCAAACGAAAGGGAAGAAACAAGCAAGAGACUGUGACUGUGUGUCAGGAAGAGCCAGAACCUGUGAAAACUCCCAUUGACUUGAUGAAGGCACAAGAAAACAGCGGCUCCAGCUCAGUGAAAAAGAAGAGCAAGUUUGUGAAUCUGUAUGCUAAAGAGGGUCGAGAUAAGCUGGCUGUUCUACUUCCUGGCCGUCAACCCUGUGAGUGUCUGGCUCAGAAACACAGACUCAUCAACAACUGUCUGAGCUGCGGCCGGAUAGUGUGUGAGCAAGAAGGAUCUGGCCCCUGUCUGUUCUGCGGCAGUCUGGUCUGUACUACAGAGGAGCAAGAGAUACUGCAGCGGGACUCCAACAAAAGUCAAAAGCUCCGUAAAAAACUCAUGGGAGAGGGAACUGAUCGGGAGUAUCUUCCCCAUCAAGAGGCCAAGAUGAAAGCUGGUUUGGAAAAAGCUGUAAUGCACAAAGACAAACUUUUGGAGUUUGACAAGAACAGUGUUAAGAGAACACAAGUCUUGGAUGAUGAAUCCGAUUAUUUUGCAACGGAUUCCAACCAGUGGCUUUCUCCAGGUGAGAGGGAGGCUUUACGCAAGCGAGAGGAGGAACUCCGUGACCUUCGACACGUCUCCCACAAAGACCGCAAGAUCACACUAGACUUUGCAGGGAGACGAGUGCUUGAUGAAGGGGAGAAAUUGACUCCAUAUUACCAGAAGUUUGAUGAGACAGUCAAGGCCAUCAACACUGGUGCUUUUGGCCAGACACCAAAACAUUCUGUUCCCACUGAUGGUCGGCACCUCAGAGAGCUCGUCAACCCCAACAUCAUGCAGGCCGCACCAGAGUGGGUUGAUGUUUCUGGUAGUGGCACUUCGCGUAAGUCUUCAUCCAAGACUGUAAGUAAUACACAAAAAAGUGAGCGCCCCCAACUCCGACUGCAGGACAAAGAGCUGCAGGAGAUCUCAGAUGGUGGCUGGUGUCUCAGCAUGCAUCAGCCAUGGGCUUCACUGCUUGUUAAGGGCAUAAAAAGGGUAGAAGGCCGAAUGUGGUACACAUCCCAUAGGGGGCGUCUGUGGAUUGCUGCUGCUGCUAACAGACCCACUCCUCAGGAGAUUGCAGAGGUAGAGGCCAUGUACCGACACAUUUACAAAGAAGAGCCCAAGUUUCCUGCGGACUAUCCUACAGGCUGUCUUUUGGGCUGCGUGAACAUCACAGAUUGUCUCUCUCAGGAGCAGUUCAGGGAACAGAUCACUCAGAGGGUGAUUAUAGAGAGAGGGCUCCAAGUGACUUCUACCCAGAAGUCAUCGGACCGUUCUUACCGCCGAGAGAAGCGAGUCGCUACCCGGCUGCUUUUCCAGCCCUCGGGCUUGUGGUCUGGCUGUGGCAAUAACAGCACAAGUGGAAUCUGCUUGGAAUUUUCUCUCUUGUGUUUGUCUUGUUUGCUCAGUGGCUGUUUUCUCUGGCUUUUCGGCGCUGAUCCUGUGGAGUGUCAUAAAAGCCUGUGUUUGAGGUACAGGCAGUGUGAGCGCCUUUUCAUCCUCUGUUUGAGUGCUCACAGCUCAGAGGCCAACCAUAAAUCAAGUCUGAGAAGCAGGAGGGGGUGGAAUGGGGGUUGAGAGAGUGAGGGCGAGAGAGUAAAAGAGAGAUAGAGAGGCUGGGCGUAAAUAAAGCUUCCCAGAGAAGUGUGGAUCUCUCCAUCCUGUCCUCCUCCACCCCCUCUGAAAGAGAAUUAGCGCUGGCUAUGUGGCCUCUCCGGCUGUAGUUUGUUCCCCCUCCCACUCAAAGAAAAAAGGCUCAACUGGCUUUGGAGCAGCAGUGGGCAGCCUGGAGGGAGGUAAGAGAGGAAGGCGCUGGCGGGGGUCAGUUUUCACAGACACAUACACCAUGGCCCAUCUGUUUGGAGGCAUUAUAACAGUCUUGCAGUAUUAGAGUGCAUUGAGAUAUUGAUCAACGACCCCCCACUCUCAGGAUUACUGUGAAGGCACCGUCAUCUGCUCCCUGCCCCUCCUGUUUUAUUUUGGGAGAUUGAGACAUAAAUUAUGUAUUUUGAGCCACAGAUUUCAUGCAGACAUCUUUCUAGGCAC